CAUUAAUAAUGUCAAAAAUAAAAUAUCAAGAAUAAAACAACAUGAAAGAUUUUAAUAUAUAAAAAAAAAUCACAUAACAGGACCAAAGGAAACAUGAACCUUCUUCUGCAAUGAGAGAAACUAAUAACUUAAUAUGUCUCUCCUCAAAGUAAAUGGGGUUAUACAACUGUUGGGAAAGAAAACCACCAAAAUGUUAUAUAGCAGUUCAUCUAAGACAAAUGAUACCAGUUCGGAUGGAUGCAAUACAACUAAAGAAACCAACGAUGACCUCAAAGACAGUAGUUCGCCGCUUGAUACCUUAACCUAUUCCCUUAGUACAUUUUACAAUACUCGGAAAUACGGCCAUGCGUUGCCUACCAACAAUGUGUCGUUGAAUUUCGACCCACUGUACGGCAUACCUACUGGAGUCUUCAGGGAGACUUGUGGAGAGUCAUUAGGCGCUGGCACCGGUUGCGGAGGCUCCUGUUACCAGAACCCAGAAUACUUUUCAUAUCAUCACAUGUCUUACUACGACUUACAUACAGCCUUGAGGGCAUUUCGAAAAGUAAGCCCACAAACAGGACGAAAAAAAUAACAUUAGGUAUUUAUUGAACAAUUUAUACUUAUUGUAACGGCAGAACAUUACGGAAUUACAAUGUACUUUGUCCUACAGUUUCAAUAAAAACUCAUUGCACCGAACA